GAAGCUUCUGCACCCGUCUGGCUCCCGGACAGGCCUUGCUCGCUGUGCCCGGCCUGGGCUCCCCUUCUCGGGCCGUUGCUUCCGCGAGGGAGGCGGAUUCCUCCUGCUCUUCCUCCUCCUCCUCCUCCGCUCCAAGGCGAAGAAGGGCAGGAGAGGCGGGCCUGCUCGACGGACGACGCGAUGAUGGCGGCAGCGGCGGCGGCGGCGGCGGCUUCGGGCUCGGCCGGCCGGGCGCCGGUGCUGCUCUCGUGCCUGCUGAGCCACCUGGGCGGCCUCCUGGUGGCGGCGGCGGCGGGGCAGGCUCAGGUGGAGGUGCUGCUCUUGCCUCCUCCUCCUUCUCCGCAGCCGCCGGCGCCCGAAGAGCAGCUAGCGCAGGCCGAGGGAAGCGGCCCCACUGGCGGCGGCGGCGGCAGUAGCUACACUCUGCAGGGCGCGCUGCUGGGCAGGCCCGGCCUGGAGCCGGAGCCGGAGCCGGAGCGCGGGGAGAAGCGGCCCCACGAAGAGGGCGAGGAGGAGGAGGAAGCCAUCCGGGGCAGCCUCGUCCUGGUGGGGGACACCGACCCAAAGCUGAAGGAUGAUGACAGUUGGAUUGGCGUCGUCCCAGUGGGCGAGGAGCAGGCGGAUCACCCGCGAGGCAGCAAGGAAGAGUCCUUUACCACUGCUGUGGUCAACAAGAUGAAGCGUGCCCUUGUCUUGGGGGCCUCGGCUUUGCUUAUCCUCGCGCUGAAUCAGAACGCAAUCCGUGAGUUGGAUGUCUCCCAGGUCCUCUCCAAGCCUGUGAUUGUUGUCCAGACUUCAGAAAAUGUUACCAAACUCCUUGGUGCAUUGCUACGAGGUCUUCGGGCAACAGCAAAGAUAACAUACCAAGCGGUGCUACUGGAAAACGUGGGAGUGACCUUGACUCUGUGGUCAACCUGUGGCCUGUCCCGGGGCGGUCUCUAUGGAGAGUGGCAAGGAGUCAUCUGCACAGGAGAGAACAGCUCGAGAGUCCAGAAGUAUCUCCAACAGCUGUGGAACGCCAUCUUGCUCAUUGCCUUGAUCCUUUGCACAGGCGUGAUCAUGCAGGCACAGCGACAGUCUCGGCACAGCCGGCUCCACCAGGACUCCGAGCUCGAUCUCAAGCAGCACAUCGUGCAGAGGCUCUCAGCGCUGAAGACUCGGCGCUACCACCCCGGGAAGCUGCCCCGGAGCUGGGCUCACGAGAUUGACAGCUGCGCCAUCUGCUUGGACCGGUUCCACAAGAACCAGUGUCUCCGGGUGCUGCCAUGCCUGCAUGAGUUUCACCGGGACUGUGUGGAUCCAUGGCUCCUCUUGCAACAGACCUGCCCCCUCUGCAAACACAAUAUUUUAGGAAACUGCUGUCAAGACAGUUAGCACGACGAUUGCCCACCUUUACGGAUCAAUCUGCUUGUAUUUCAAGGGAGAGAGCAAUUUUCCCCAGAGCGUUUGGACACCGUGGCAGCUGCUCGGGACAUGGAGAAAAUGACUCUCUUGGAACUUGGGGCUCCUUUGAGAUGGGAAGCGUGUGUGUGUGUGUGUGUGUGUGUGUGUA